GCCAUACGCGACAGGCAGGAGGGAAGCUCAGGCCUCUCGAAGAGAAGCUCAUGAUCUACGCCAGGACCGCCUACGACGCUGGGUGGGCACUUGGCUUCGAGUAUACCAACGGCAUCGGGCGUACAAGCAGCUAUGCCAACGGUGUCGGGCGUACAAGCAACCUCAAGUAUGCCAACGGUGUCGGGCGUACAAGCAACCUCAAGUAUGCCAACGGUGUCGGGCGUACAAGCAACCUCAAGUAUGCCUUCGGUGUCGGGCGUACAAGCGAUCUCAAGUAUGCCCUCGGUGUCGGGCGUACAAGCGACCUCAGGUAUGCCAUUGGUGUCGGGCGUACAUGCAACUACGAGUAUGCCAUCGGUGUCGGGCGUACAUACAACCUCGGCUAUACCUUCGGCAUCGGGCUUACAAGCAGCUGGUGGGGUUCCUGCAAGGACUGUGCCUGCAAGCCAAGGUUGCUGGAGGGCCUGGAGAAGGUGAUAAAAGGCGGAAGGCCAGAGGAGCUUAGCAAGGCUACAGAGGUCCUGUCUAGGCUCAUGGUGAUCUACAGGCCCGGGAGUGCACAAGAAAAAGGCCAGUUGUUGCGGAAGAUAGAGAACCCAGACCCGUCGAACACGAGUCACGAGGCGGUGGAGGGUCUGAGACAGUGGUUGAGGCACUACCAGAGAGCAAGAGAUUUGACGCUUACAACGCCAGAUCCUUCUGUGAUGCUUCGGGGUCUAGAUGCUCUGGUGAGGAAGCCGGUUCAGGAUGCUCCAGAAGUCGCGUUCCGCAUGAACCUUUUAAGGUACCACCUCAAGGUCGACUUCAACCCGUCCGAGGAGUCCGUGUUAGCGGUGCAUCGAGCUUUUCUUGCAGAGUUUGAGCAGUUGGGUUUCAGGAAGAAGGCCCGGACUACGCAGGACAGCGGUGCACAAGGACCCAAGGUCAGAGCUGUAGAAGCUGGGGGCGCACCACCAGCGGGCACGCCUAUGCCGACCUCACCGUCUACAUCACCAAAGGGCGUGACAAGGCCUUGCAGGUUCUACACGUCGGAUGAGGGAUGCCGGAGGGGAAAGGCCUGUAAGUACGAGCACAGCAUGAAGGACCUCAACAAGGCAGAACGUCGUGAUCGGUGCUAUGAGUGCGGAGCAAAAGGACAUCUAGCAGCGGCUUGUCCAACGAAGAAGGAGGCACAGCAGAAGGCGGUCGCGGCAGGUGAUUCCCCGGCGUCUUCAACUGGCGGCACAGGCGGGAGAAGAGCUACCACGACUGCGAAGAGUCAGAGGGGAUCCGAGGCAGGGGAGACUACCCAAAACGUCGCAACACCCACAGCAGCAGCUACCUCAACGAUGUCAGCCGAGACUCCAGUGCAAGGUGUUCCGGUUGAGCAGCUCAUAGAGGACGCGCAGAAGCUGAUGAAGGCUUUCAUGGAGCAGAAGGCUGCGCCGCAUGUCCAGGUGUUUCGUGUCGAGGAAAUGGCAAAGAGGGACUGUGGGUCAUCGCCGGCACUGCGGGAGUUCUACAGGCAAAACGAGGAGCUGGUGAACUUGAACCGCAUGGGACUCUUGGACUCAGGAGCUACACACCCGCUCAGGCCGAAGACGGUGAAGGACAAUAUUGGCUCCAUGGACAACGUUAAUGUGACGCUGGCUGGGGAGAACCGGGUGCAGAUGGAGCAAAACAAGGCUGGAACCAUUGUUUCGGAUCAGAACAUUCAGCCGAUAGUCCCAUUGGGUACCCUCAUAAAGGCUCUCGGGUACGAGUUCAGUUGGGAUCGUCGUGGAUGUAGACUUCGCCAUCCGGACAAGAAGGAAGUGCGAGUAUACACAAGAUCUACGUGUCCGGAGGUCAUGCAAUGCGAUGCGCUACGACUCAUCGCCGAGUUGGAAGAGGCGAAGCUCACAGAAACGAUGAGCUCACUGGCACAGCUGAAGGCCUCGGUUGCAGCAGCAAAGGAGUACCGGGAGAGGGGCUGGAAGGAUCAAGUCCGGGACUAUAUGGUUACCGGCAGCUACGAGGAUGGUGUGAAGGCGGUGAUGUGUGCGCCGUUUAUGAACCAUGUGCCUAUGCGUGAUCAGCUGCAGGUAGUUGUCCCCAUGCCAAAGGAUGAGAACGAGGCGUGGCAAUGGAUGAAGAAGUUUCCCAUGAAUAGGGCCAAUCGACGGCGAUUAUGGCAAGCUCGUGAGUGGACUGUCCACCUGUUUGCUGGGGGAGGAGUGAAAAAUGAUCCUCUACGUGAUCUUCCUGGCUUGGUGGAGGUAGAUGCAAAAAGGGGGUGGGACCUCAACGACGACAAGAUCUACGGCGUGUUCUUGUGGAUGGCCAAGGAGGGACGAUUGAGUCAUAUUGUGGGCGGCCCACCGGCUGGAACGUUCUCGCCAUGGCACUACAAGACGGAGGGAGGCAACAGAAAGAGAACGGAGUUCAUGAAGGAGCUUAUCAAAGAGACAGGCCUGCGGAAGUUUCAGUUUGAGCAAGGGGCGUUGGGGCACAUGUUCAGGAGACCUACAUGCUGUCUGAGCAACUUGGGCCUGGGAAUACAUGGGCUCAAAGAUCAGAGGGCCUAUGUGGCAGCGGACACUAAGGAGGUGGAUCAGUCUACAUGGCCGCAUGGCUUCCGGAUCACCUUGGCGGACGCGAUCCACGAGUGGAGGAGUGGUGAGAGCCCCGUGGUGGCGAAGAAAGCCAUGACCCAGAAGGAGUUGGAUGAAUGGAAGGCCCACGUUGAGCGUGGGCAUUGGCCUUAUAGACGAACGGGAAGACCGGCGAGAAAGGUUAUACACAGAGAUGCCUACGUGAUGAGCUUGGAUAUAGCCGGCCCGUUUGCAACCAGAGGGAAAGAUGAGGUGAGAGGAAAGAAGUACCGGUUCGUGCUUGCGGAGGAAGAAGAGCCGGAAGAGCACGAGCAUUUGGAAGAUCCCGAGUGCGAAGCACAAGAGGAGGAAUGGAAGAAGAAAGUGGCGGACCUACGAAAGCCGAUGGAGCUUCAGAUGCUUCGGUUUUGCGUUCCGUUGGAGAGACAUACUGGGAAGGAGAUCCUCGAGUGCAUCCAGGACCUGUAUGUGCAGCUGAGGGCAAUGGGCCUACCGUUGACCAGGAUUCACAGCGACAGAGCUAGAGAGUUCCGGGUCAAGCCAGUGCGAAAAUGGUGUCGGGAGCGGGACAUCUACCAAACGUUCACAGAGGGCUUGGCGCCUACACAGAAUGCGGUGGCGGAAAGUCAUGUGAAGUGGCUCAAGGGCAAGGCGAGAGUCCACCUCAACGAGAUGGAGUUGGACAAGGAGCUUUGGCCUUGCGCUAUGAAGCACGCUUGUCACCAGCACAACACGAGGCAGAUGGGGACAAAGGCUGCGAGUAUCAAGUUCGGCUCUGUUGUUUGGGUGAAGUCCAAGAAAGACAGAGGACCUUUUGACCCAAAGUGGGAGAGAGGCAAAUAUAUGGGUCCAGCAGAUGAUGUACGUGAAGGUCAUGUUGUUCGCCUAGAUGAUGGUCUUUGGCUUCGCACCCUACACAUGAGGACGGUGAGGGAUGACGAAGUGGAGUUGGAAGAUGAGGAGCACGUUGUCGACCUCAUCGAGCCUACAAAACGCGUGCGGGGCAAGACCAAGCUAGCAGAAGUGCGGGCGAUCCGCAAACAGGAGAGGAGCGUCUUGGUGAAGGAGCUGCUGGAGUCCAAGAUCUGGGAUUCGCCCCAGGCCAAAGUUGAACGACCUCAGAUGAAAGAGGGUGAAGUCUGGGAUGGCGAGCUAAGGGAGGGGGACGAGUUCAAGGGGAACUACUACGCCAUGCGGGUGGAUGAGAAGGAAGUGCCCGGCCAGAAGAUGAGUGUGGAGUUUCCGGCGAAGAUCCGUCCCGACCGUCUUCAUGCACCACUCAGAGGGGAAGAUGGAGACAGGAUUGUGGUGAUUGGGUAUACCGUGAGCAAGUGGGAGAAACUUCGGCAGUUUCAAUGCGACGAUUUGGAGGAGGAACGCGGGGCCACGGGACCGCCUACAGGGACGACCGCAGCUCCACCAACCGGAGCCACGAACACGGUGAUGCCAGUGUCCGAGGACCGUAUGGAUGUGAGUUCAGGUCGGGUGGAGCUUCGUUUGAAGUGGGCUAUCAAGUAUAUCCCUGAUCUCUCCAGUCAAGGGGAAGAAGUUGUGAUGACGUCAGCACCAUUGCUGCCACUCGCCCACGAUGAGGAGGAGCGGAUGAGAAGCAGGGUGACAUGGCUAUCAGAGUUUGUGGAGGAAGAGCGGAAGAUCAGAGCGAGGCAGGCCGAGAGGGGGGAGUAUGCCACGCAACGUGAACGACAACUGUUCUACAAGCUCGAUGAUGCCAUUGACUACAUGAAUGAGAUCCUUUGCCUAAGUCACCAGGUCGAAGUCUACACCGCCGCGGCCAACGCGGAAUCAGUGCGUGUGGCAUUGUCAUUGGCUGCUCGACGGCGGUGGGCCGGAGCAGUGACAGACGUGAACAGUGCUCUUACGCUAGCGCCAAUGGAUGAAGCAGAGAUCAAGUACGGCAUCACGGUACCGAAAGUGGUUGUGGAGGCGGGAGUGGUUCCACCAAACACGGCGUACUUGGUCGACAGGGUGUUCUACGGGCUGCGAGAGGCGCCAAGACUAUGGGGAAGUUUCAGAGACAAGAGGGUGCACAGAGCGCGGUUGUUUGUGGAUGGCCGGGAGUGCAUGUUUCUACAGAUGGAAACAGACCCUGCAGUAUGGAGGUUGGUGCCAUGCGAUGACCAUAAGAACACCUUGGCGUUGAUGGUGAUUUAUGUGGACGAUGUGAUGAUGUUGGCGCCGGAGAAUGUCAUCAAGGACAUCUACAAAUGGCUCACCGAGGGCAUUGAGGGCGAUGAGGGCUGGAAGUGUUCGCCGAUGGAGUGGAUCGGAAAGACUCCAGUCCGCUACCUGGGUAUGGAUAUUCGCCGGAAGGAUGCAGCCCUUACCACUUUCCAUGUAUCGCAGGGCAGCUAUGUGGGAGAGCUCCUGAAGAGUUACCCAGCCGAGGCGAGCCGACCUUCGCAAGUACCAGCCACUAAGGAUACCAUGCCGUUGCAGGACGACCUGGAUGAGGAGGAGGGGAACGAACAAGGCGACCCAGAUCCCGGACAGGUCAAACAGGCCCAACGCAUAGCAGGUGAACUGCUCUGGCUAGUGACUCGCACCAGACCAGACAUUGGGUAUGCGACAGCCCAUGUAUGUGGAGCAGCCCUGAAGAGUCCUGCAGCUGCGCUUCGAUUGGGGAAGAUGGUGAUGAGGUAUUUGGCCGCCACGCCUACGUGGGGGUUGACCUACAAUGGGGUGGGUGAGCCUGUCGAAGCUUUCUCCGACGCUAGCUUUGCUCCACAAGGCGAUCGAAGUUUUGGUUGCGUGACUACGACGACCUACGGUGGAUUCGCGGCAUGGCGAAUGACAAAGCAGCCUACAGUUGUUUUGUCAGCGGCCGAAGCAGAGUUGGUGGAGUUGGUGAAUGCUAGUCAGCAGGCCGCCGGACUGCAAGCUUGGGUGGAAGAGGCGUCGCCAGAGGACUCUGGUAAGCCGUUGAUCUUGCGGGUGGACAACACAGCGGCGUGUGGCCUGGCAACUACGGCACCAGGCUCGUGGAAGACAAGGCACUUGAAGGUCAAG